CCAUUUUCCCUUCUUGUUCCUUUCCCUCUCCUCUUUCCCCCUUUAAACACAGCACUAGAGCCCUACUGCGCGCCGAGAAAUUGAACCCCUCCGCGUCCACUCAACGCAGACGCACCAACUCCGCUAUCUCCUCCACAUUAUUCUGCCACUCUCAACCUUUCCGCUCUGCACGCCGCCGCACACGGUGGUGGUAACUGAGUUUAGGAACAAGAUGAGCACCGUUAAGAUCGAAGAGCUUGAAGGAGAAGGAUUCCCCACCUCCGAUUACUUCUUCAAGAGUAUAGGAGAUCCCGUUCCGUUGAAGUCCAAUGAUUAUAGCUUCGACCCCGAAACCCUUCCUUCGCAUCCUCUCGCGCUCUCCGAACGCUUUCGCCUCACCUUUGUGGCUCAUUCUUCUGGUUUUUUCGUUGCGAAGACGAAGGACCUUAUUGAUUCCGCGAAGGAGUUUAAGGACAAGGGAAGUGGCUCUCCAGUGCAGCAGCUCAGUCUUGUUGAUGUUUCUAUUGGGAGGGUUCGAAUAUUGGCUUUGUCCACUGACAAUUUAACACUAGCGGCUUCUGUUUCCGGUGACAUACGAUUCUACUCCGUCCGUGACUUUGUGAAUAAGGAAGUGAAGCAAUCGUUUUCCUGUUCACUCAAUAAUUCAACCUUUGUCAAGGACAUGCGUUGGAUAACAACAUCAGAAAAUUCUUAUGUUGUUCUUUCAAAUACUGGGGCACUAUAUCAUGGAGAGCCUGGUUUUCCCCUUAAACUUGUGAUGGAGAAUGUUGAUGCUGUUGAUUGGGGCGUGAAAGGGAGAUUUGUUGUUGUGGCAAGAAAGAAUGCUCUAAGCAUUUUAUCGACUAAAUUUGAAGAAAGGGUUUCAAUUUCACUACCAUUCGAAUCCUGGAUCAGUGAUUAUGCAGAUAAUGUUAGCAUAAAAGUUGAUUCUAUCAAGUGUGUUCGACCUGAUUCCAUUAUAAUUGGAUGCUUUCAACUCACUGAAGAUGGCAAGGAGGAAAAUUAUCUUAUCCAAGUUAUUAGAAGCAGACUUGGUGAAAUUGCUGAUGGUUGUUCUGAAUUAGUUGUCCGAUCCUUCUAUGAGAUUUACCCAUGUCUAACUGAUGACAUUGUGCCCAUUGGAACUGGACCCUACCUUCUAUUGACAUAUUUAGAACAAUGCCAGCUUGCAAUCAAUGCCAACGUGAAAAAUACAGAUGACCACAUUGUGUUGCUCGGUUGGUCAAUAGAUGGUGAUAAGAGUGAAGCUGCAGUUGGUUAUAUUACAGAAGAUAAAUAUAUUCCCAGAAUCGGGCUUCAAGAUAAUGGCGAUGAUAAUUUGCUUUUGGGGCUAUGCAUUGAUAAUGUUUCGAUAUAUGAUAAAGUUGAGAUUCAACUUGGUGGGGAGGAAAGAAAUGAGCUCUCACCAUAUUGUGUUCUUUUAUGUCUCACAUUAGAGGGAAAACUUGUUAUGUUCCAUGUUGCCAGUCUUGCAGGAAGUAAAGUUUCUCCUGAGUUUGAUUCUACUGUGCAUGAUGAGGAAGAUGCUUUUGUAAGGCCACCUGUGGAUGAAAGCUCCACUUCUCAUGGAUUACAAAAAAAGACACAGGAAUUGGAUAAGGCUGUUGAGGUGAUUGAGAAUCUGAAGUCCAAGCCUCAUGCAAAUCCUAAUCAAAUUACACAAACCGAAGAUUAUAGUAAGUACCUGGAAGUGGAAUCAGUGAAAAAUGUGCAGUCUCUGAAUUCUGAUAAUCAAAAUCCAUGUCCUCCAGGCGAACAACAGAAAAACGUAGGUCAAAAGACUGCAGCACUUGGUACGAGCACUGGUUCUUUUAUAGCAAGCCGUAAUUCUGCUGCUCAUGGUUUGCCAAGUUAUAAUUUACAAGAAACUACUGAAAUGACUACGGGGCUCUGGAAUAAAAAUAGUUCACAGGGCUCACAUAGAGUUUCUCAUCCAUUGCCCGGUGAAACAUUUUCAUUUCCAAAAAACGCUUCAGUGUCUUCAUUUUCAGCUUCUAGUAAUGCUGGUGGUGUUGGUUAUCAAAGUAAAAAAUAUCCUAUGGGUGCUACAAAUGUUCUUGACAGCACGGGUAGAGAGCCCUUUAAUGUACGGGAUGUGAGUGGUGUAUCUCCUGCCAUCAAUUCUACCAGUAGGCUAGUUCAGAGUGGUGGACAAACAACUUCUGUAGGAUCAGGGAAUAUUCAGCCAGUAGUUGGUGGCAACUCACCUGUGACAUCAAAUGGAAAUACUACAACUGUAAAGUCAUCUGUUACUACAAGUGGAAAGUCAUCUGUUCAGAAGUUUCCUCCUAAUGAGCAGCGUGUAACUUCAUUCAAGCUUCCAGCAUCAAGUUCCGAUUUCUCAAAGCAGUUUGGCAAUAUUAAUGAGAUGACCAAAGAGUUAGAUUUGCUUUUGAAGUCAAUAGAGGAGACUGGUGGCUUCAGAGAUGCUUGCACGAGGUCCCUGCACAGUUCAGUUGGGGAAGUGGAGCAAAGCAUGGACACUAUAUCUAAACAAUGCAAAAUAUGGACGUGCCAAGUGGACGAACAUCUUGAGCAGGUUCAUUAUCUUCUUAAUAAGACAAUACAAGUUGUGGCUAGAAAAAUAUACAUUGAAAGCAUAUAUAAGCAAGCUUCUGAUAGCCGAUAUUGGGACUUAUGGAAUAGGCAAAAGUUGAAUUCAGAACUGGAGCUAAAACGACAACAUAUACUGAGUCUAAAUCAGGAUUUAACCUAUCAGUUAAUUGAAUUAGAGAGGCAUUUCAAUGCUCUUGAGCUGAACAAAUUCAGUCAAUAUGGUGGUCAUCGCAAAAGUCUUGGAGCUUUUCAAAAUAGACAUGGACCAUCAAGAUCUAUCCAGUCGUUGCAUAGUUUACAUAGUGCAAUUGGUUCGCAACUUGUAGCUGCUGAGAAUCUCUCUGAAUGUCUUUCAAAACAAAUAGCAGCAUUGAGUUUGAGGUCUGCAUCGGAGGAUCAAAAGAAUGUUAAGGAACUCUUUGAAACGAUAGGAAUUCCUUAUGAUGCUUCUUUUGGCUCUCCAGACAUUAAAGGUUUUAUGAAGACUCCUCCUAGUAAGAAGCUCUUGUUUCCUGAUUUGACUAUUAAUAAAAAUCAAUCUAUGAGAGUUCAAGCAAGUGCUAUGAAGAGUUGUGAACCAGAAACGUCGAGGAGGAGGAGAGACUCACUUGACCAGAGCCUGACCUGUUUUGAACCUCCGAAAACCAUCAUCAAAAGGAUGCUGCUUCAAGAUCUCCAGAAACCAAAAUCUAAUGAAUCAUUCAUUUCAAUGAAUAAAGAAAAGGUUAAAAUUUCCAUGCUGGAGGAAUCUGCUCCGCGUCAAGGAGAUGCCAGAAUUCCUUCAUCUGUUUUCCCUGCUUCAAAAAUGAAAGCAAGCAUUCUGGAUUCCCAUCUUCAAUUUGAAGAGGUGUCAGAGCACUCAAAGGUACAACCUAAGGCUGACAACCUCCAAGCACCCACUCAAGUUUCAGAUUCCAAGUCUCGUGUUUUGCAGAGAAGCAAUAUUUCGGCAGUUCCCUCACAGCCUGCAUUCCAGUUGUCAACUGCAAUGAUGCAUGGUCAUGGUACAGAAACUAAAGAUUUGGCUGCAGAAAAAUCAAAUGUUUUUCAAAAAUUUGAUUUAACAUCAAAAACUGAGAGCAAGUCUAUUCUGAAUACAAAAUUGCCUCAAAAAUCCUCAACAUCUGCCAAUUCAACCACAGCAACACCUUUAUCCAUGUUUAAAUCCAGUGAAUUUAUGCCCAAUACGAACAGUAAAAUGACUAUGGCUUCAAGUUCCACAAUGGGAGACAAACUUUCAGGUGCAUUUAAUCCCGAGUCUCGGAGAAAAGAUGUCCCAUCCUUAGAGUCGCAGUCAUUCACUGUUUCUGCAGCUUCAACUUUGUUUGGAAAGGGUAAUGAUUUCGAUGCUGAUAAAAAUAGGCUCAAAGAAAAUAGUCCUGCUGUACCCUCAUUUGGUAGUUCUCGUGAAUCUCUGUCAUCUCCAACUACUAAAACACCAUCAGCCUCUCCGGUGUCAUCAUCUGUCUCAUCUGCAGCUGGGCCUCCAGCAGCAGUGUCUGUAACGUUGAGCAGUUCUAUGACUAGUUCAAACACCAGUAAAGAUUCUAAUCACAUUAUUUCAACAUCUUCAGCAUCAGAUUUUCAUUACUUGUCUAAUCAGGACCCGAAACCAACAUUGCCCUCAUUAUCUAACCCACCUUUCUCGAAUUCAACAUUAACAUCAGCCAAAUCAGAUACCCAACCAGCUGGUGUGUCUAAUUUAAAGACUGACGAUGCUGCUUCAGAAGCGGUUUCUCAUCUAAAUGAGCCUCUAAAUAGUGAAUCUGAAUUGAAGCUGGGAUCUUCAAGAACAUUCAAUCCUACUACUGAACAACCUUCUAACAAUAUAACAAGUUCCGAGCUCAAAGUUGUCUCUGUUUCUCAGUCAGAACAGCCUUCUGGUGCACCUGUCCAGCUUUCAACUUCUUUCAUUGCUUCUGCUAGCGUUUCAAGUGUGAAAAAUGAGGGCUUUGAUGUGGGAAUAUCACAAGAGGAUGAGAUGGAGGAAGAAGCUUCUGAGACAAGUAACACAACUGAACUUAGUUUGGGAAGCCUUGGCGGGUUCGGCAUUGGCUCGAGCCCUAACCAAUCAUUUUCUAAAUCAAAUCCAUUUGGGGUUUCAUUUAAUAAUGCAUCAAGCUCUGCAAUUACAUUCUCAGUUCCUAGUGGAGAGCUGUUUCGACCAGCAUCUUUUUCCUUCCCGAGCCCUCAGUCGUCUGCAUCAGCCCAGCCAACAAACUCUGGCGCAUUCUCGGGUAGCUUCAAUACUGGGGCAGCUGUUCCCACCCAAGCUCCAAGCGCGUUUGGGCAGCCGGCACAAAUUGGAUCGGGGCAGCAGGUUCUUGGAUCAGUUCUUGGUACUUUUGGACAAUCAAGACAGCUUGGUAGUGGUCUCCCUGGAAGUGGUCCUGCGGCUCCCAGUGGUUUUGGUGGUGGAUUUGCUGGCAGUAGUUCUCCUGGUGGCUUUUCAAAUGCUGCUGUGGCUGGAGGUUUUGCUGGUAUAGCAUCGACAGGUGGAGGUUUUGCAGGCAUAUCAUCAACAGGUGGUGGAGGUUUUACUGGUGUUGCAGCAACAGGUGGAGGCUUUUCUGGAUUUGCAGCUCCUGUUGGUGGUGGGUUUGGUGCAGCUGCUGCUCCCACUAGUGGUGGAUUUGGUGGUGCUGCUUCCACUGGUGGUGGGUUUGGUGCAGCUGCUGCUCCCACUAGUGGUGGAUUUGGUGGUGGUUUUGGUGCUGUUCCUUCAGCUGGUGGAUUUGGAGGAGCUGGCUCAGGUGGUGGGUUUGGGGCAUUUAGCAACCCAGGAAGUGGUGGUUUUGGAGGUAGUAAACCACCUGAGCUGUUCACACAGAUGAGAAAAUAGUAUUGCAUCCUACAUUGAAAAGUUCGUAAGUGAAAAUGAUUUGAAAGCUGAAGUUGAGGCUCUAGAAUUUGUGGUGCUCCGUGAAGAUUACAUCUGUAGUCCGACUACAAUAUUUAUAGAAAAGAAAAUGGUGCAAUUUGAAAGUGUAGAAUUUUCUUUUAUCAUGAGCAAUUCCAUAGACCAACUUUCUUGAGAAAUGCAUGUAAUUUGUAGUCAUGUUGAGCUGUGCUCUGCUUUGAAAUGAUCACCGAAAAGGAUACUUGCUAACAUAUUUUAGUCUUAAGGAAUUGACAAAAAUCUGAAAUUAAUACUGAA